CCCGGCCCCGCCGCCAUUUUGUGUUUAUGUCUCUCCAUGGCGCACUCACUUUCAGCGCUUUAGUGUUAUUCUUCAAAGGAGAGGGCACAAGAGAUAAUUAAAAGGAGAGAGGGCGAGGAGAGGAAAAAAAACAACACCACGGGUCCCCCCCUAACUCCUCUCCACCUGUGCAACAAGCAGAACUAACGGUCUUUGUGUGUGUGUGAGUGUGCGUGUGUGUGUGGGAAUAUAUAUGUGUGAUUCAGAUUCAGAUUCAACUUUGUAAUUGUCAUUUUCAGUGUACAGUGCAUAGACAACGAAAUGCAGUAAGUGUGUGUGUGUGUGUAUAUGUGAUUCAGAUUCAACUUUGUAAUUGUCAUUUUCGGUGUACAGUGCAGAGACAACGAAAUGCUGUAAGUGUGUGUAUAUGUGUGUCAGAUUCAGAUCAGAUUCAGAUUCAACUUUGUAAUUGUCAUUUUCGGUGUACAGUGCAGAGACAACGAAAUGCUGUAAGUGUGUAUGUGUGUCAGAUUCAGAUCAGAUUCAGAUUCAACUUUGUAAUUGUCAUUUUCAGUGUACAGUACAUAGACAACGAAAUGCAGUAAGUGUGUGUGUGUGUGUAUAUGUGUGUCAGAUUCAGAUUCAGAUUCAACUUUAAUUGUCAUUGUCAGUGUACAGUGCAGAGUCAACGAAAUGCAGUAAGUGUGUGUGUGAGUAUAUGUGUGUCAGAUUCAGAUUCAGAUCAGAUUCAACUUUAAUUGUCAUUUUCAGUGUACAGUACAUAGGCAACAAAAUGCAGUAAGUGUGUGUGUGUGUGUGUGUCAGAUUCAGAUUCAACUUUAAGUGUCAUUGUCAGUGUUACAGUACAGAGACAACAAAAUGCAGUGAAUGUGUGUGUGAGUGUGUCAGGUUCAGAUCAGAUUCAACUUUAAUUGCCAUUUGUCAGUGUACAGUACAGAGACAAAAUGCAGUAAGUGUGUGUGUGUGUGUGAGAGGGGAAAAAACGACCGAGAAUGCUGUUAUAAAAGGGAAAAGCAUUCGCUUUUCUUUCUUUUUUUCUUCCUCUCUUCUCCCUCCUCUCUCUCUCGUGUGCCAUGGCGGACUGUUGGAUUGAGUAAUGUGUUUGUGUGAGAGGGAAGAGCAACGUUUAACGAGCAGCACCUAUUGAAUUUCUACAGUACUGAAUGGUUAAGUUACUGGAUAAUAUCCAUGGGCCUGGACAUGAGUUUGAAUCCCACCACAGAAAAUGGAGAAUUGUAAAUUCAAUGACAGCAAUGCUGCGUUUCAUCUGGGAGCAAUAACCUGGCAGCUUGUGUAGUGUCAGUGCCUGCUACAGAAAGUAGCCAUCUGAACACACAGGUGCCUGUCUGUAGCCAUCCUUGCCCUGCUGGUAAGGAUUGGGCAAAUGGAACAAAGAAAUGCGUUGUUGGGGUCUAUGAACCCGCCGUUGGGCUUGGAUGCAGAGGGUAGCCCUGGCAAGAAUACCCCAUCGAGUUGCUACAGCAAAGCUGUUGGCAGGAGAGAGGAAGAGAUGGAGGGGACUGCCUUGGAUGAGGAAGAUGGUACGCAUUGGAAGCAGGAGGAGGGCAAAGUGGUCGACUUGAGGCAAGUGCUCGACCCGCCAAACUCGGACCAGCAGCAGUUCUCUGUCAAGGAGACAAACUUUACGGAGGGCAGCCUGAAGCUGAAAAUUGGGCUGCAGCCGAAGAGGACUAAAAAACCCCCGAAAAGCCUGGAGAAUUACGUUUGCCGGCCAGCCAUUAAAACCACCAUCAAGCACUCGCGGACGAAGGUAGCCAAGAGUGGGAAGAUCUCCGAGGAGAGGGAGGAAGACAGCGAGCAGAAGCGGCACGCACUGGGCUCCCUGAAGCUGCACGGCAAGAACGAGGAAAUGAAGGCGACGGAAUUGUCCGCAGAGGAGAGUCGCCACCCGCAGGCGGCGGCGGGGGCGGCAGGAGGAGGGGAGCCGAAGAGACCGCCGCCCCCUCCCCCCGCUCCCGCCCCCCCCCCCCACGCCCCCCCCUCCUCCCCCCCCCCUCCCCCCCCGGCUCUGGAGCAGACCGAGUGUAGCAAAGCCGCGGCGGGCAGCCGGAACGCCGACGCCAAGGAGCAGGCGAACGGCGAGGCGUCGUACGUGGAGAAAUCGGCCGUCCUGAAGUCGAACGCCUGCCCCGCGCCCAAGUUCUCCAGAACCAAGUUUCGGAAGCCGAUGUUUGGCAACGGGAUGGUGAUGAACAGAGAUCUGAUCCAGCUCAAAGCUGGUCUCGCUGCGGCCGCUGCUGCCGCUGCCGCCGCCGCCGCCGCCGCCGCCGCCGCCAGCUCGGUGAAGGAGCACUUGAGCCACCCAGGCUACACCGACCACAAGCACGUGAACCCGGCAGAGCUGGAAGGGAGGGACAGUAAAGCCUGCGGCAAGUCUGGUUUGACCCCGAUGACCAAGGAGGCCUCGGCAAGGCACGACUCCCCGGUGGGUGACGGGGCGCCGUGCAAGGGCGGGCUCCCGCCGCCGCGCCUGGAGCAGCAGCCCGCCGCGGACAAGGCAGAGCACGCCAUCCCCAAGCUCGACAAGCAGCCGUCGACAAAUUGCACUUCCGCCGACCACCGAACGGCGCCCAGCGCUGACAUCUACGGGAGGAGGUCGGCCGGUGCCGACGGGCCCGUCACCGCGCCCUCGCCAGCGGCCCCGGCACUCUCUCUGAACAGGAUCGCCGCUUUCCCCCCUCCCCUCCCCCCCCAGCCCGCCUGCGCCCAGGCGGAGGCCGAUAGGGUGUCGGGGACCCCCGACGCGGACCCCAAGCCGGCGGUGGCCAGCCAGCCCCUCCCCCUCCACUUCAGCUUCAAGCUCCACCCCCACACCUUCCGCACGGACUCGGCGCCCGCCAAGAGCGGCCUGCACCCGCCGCGCCUGCACAGCAUGAAGGCGUUCGCGCAGCUGGCCGAGAGGAGCCGGGACCUGCCCUGCUCCGCCGCGCACAAGAUGGACGUCGGCGCGGUGGCCAGCUUUAAAAGCCUCCUGAACAGCAAGCCCACCCUCAAGCCCAGCGUGCUGAAAAUGGCACACCAGCUGCAGAGAACCUACCACAGCUGCUCCCUCCCCAGCCCCCAGACCCUCCAGCCAAAGCUCGUCAACAAGAGGAAGGGGAAGAGCCCCCGCAUGAAAGUGGUGGCCGGCAGCACCGCCGGUGCGUUUGGCGAGCGUUUGGCUUCACCGGUAGCGACGCCGGGACUGCUGAAACCUGCCACCUACAGACCCGAGCAAAAAAUCCACCCUGACCACCCUCCGAUGAUGAGGAGCCCGGGGUUCCCAUCACUGUUCAGUGAGUCUAAAAUCAUCAAGGCCCGCCUGCCAAAGUUGACCAAGGCCUGCGUCUCCCCGCCUCUGCCUCAGAAGCCCGAGGGGCCGAGGCAUUUCCUAUCCCCCCAGGGCCACCACGAAGAGAGGGUCUCUAAAAAUAGUCUGCAAGACCCUCCGCUGUUAAGUGGGGUUUUAAACAUUCACAAGCCUAAAAAAGCCCGAGCCAAGCUCGACCCCAUGCCCCAACUGGAGCAGCCCCCACACAGGACAUUAAAGAUCCCCCCUUCCAAAGUGCUCUCCAUGAUGUCGAAGAACAAGGAGUUUGUCGGAGAGAAGGAGCCCCCGAUAUUGCAGCCGGAAACCCAGAUCGUGCCCGGCAAGGUGUUUGUCACCUCGCUGCCCGGCAAGCGCAGACGGGGGCGGCCGAAGAAGCAGCAGCUGACUAUGAUGGCGCCCGCCGCCGCCAAGCCCGUGGUUCCAGCCGCCGCUGACCGCGUGGGCGACCCGGAGGAGGAAGCCACGCACCACCGGGGCCUCGAACCGAGCGAGAUGAAGGCCAAGCCGACGGAAUACCCGCAGAAACCGACCACCGCCGGCGACGACUACCAAACGGCGGGCGAGGCGGACCCAAAAUCGUCCAAGAAGGGGAAGAGGCAACUGAUGAAAACGCUUCUGGAUAAGAAAUUCAUCAAAAAGAUCAACAAGAUGAAGACGCUGAAACGGAAAAAGCUCUUGAACCAAAUCCUCUUGAGUGCCGGCGGGUCCAGUGGUAAAGGGAAAGUGCAAUCGAAGAUGAGUAGUACCAUCUCCACCUUCACAGCCACCUUCGGCUCCAAGGUGGGGCAACAAAUCAACGUCAGCAAAAAAGGAACUAUUUACAUAGGAAAGAAAAGGGGCAGGAAGCCCAAGAUGUCGUUGGAUGGCCCGUACAUCAGUAGCAUGCUGUCGAUGGAUAGCAAGCCGUUGCCACCGGCAUUCACCACCACGCUAGGGCAGAUGCCGCCAAACUUCGCCCAGUCGGCAGUGCCGGAUGUGCUGCCGUCGCCGACCUACUCGCAGUCGUCGGGGGUGAGCGGGAGCCAGAGCCCGGCGAGCAGCGACGCGGGCUUCAUCGAGCCCACCCCGGUGCUGAACCUGCACCCGCACCCGCACGGCAGCAAGGGCAGCGGCGCCCCGCAGACCCUGGCCGGCCGCAAGGCCUCCAAGGGGCGGCGCAAGCUCUCGCCGCCGACGCUGCUGCCCAACUCGCCGUCCCACCUGUGCGAGCUGACGUCGCUGAAGGAGGCCACCCCCUCGCCCAUCAGCGAGUCGCACAGCGAGGAGACGGUCCCCAGCGACAGCGGCAUCGGCACGGACAACAACAGCACCUCGGACCGGGCCGAGAAGUUCUGCGGCCCCAGGAAGCGGCGGUACUCCUUCGACCACGUCCCGGUCACGCCGGCCGAGAGCGCCGCCGUCCUCUCCGGCCUGAAGGAGAAGCACAAGCACAAGUGCAAGCGCCGGGCCCACGACUACCUGAGCUACGACAAGCUAAAGCGGCAGAAGCGGAAGAGGAAGAAGAAAUACCUGCAGCUGCGGAACAAGCAGGACCCCAACUUCCUGGCGGAGUUGGAGGAGCUGAUCACCAGGCUGAGCGAGCUGAGAAUAACCCACAGAAGCCAUCACUACAUCCCCAGAGACAUCCUCCCUUCCAUCUUCCGCAUCAACUUUGGCAGCUUCUACACGCACCCGCCCUUCCCCUUCGACCCUAUGCACUAUGUCCGCAAGCCCGAACUGAAGAAGAAGAGGGGGCGCCCGCCGAAGAUGCGGGAAGCCAUGACUGAAGUCCCCUUUGUCCACGGCCUGAGUUUCCCCCUUGCCAAUGGAGGCUUCUUCCCCUCCUACAGUAUGCCUUACUCUCCGACUGCAGUCUCCGCCGGCCCGCUGGGUGUGGGCUAUUACGCCCGGUACCCUCCGACGCUGUACCCGCCUCCCCCUCCCCCGCCACCCCCCUCCCUGAGCGGCACCAUGCCCCCUCCCUCCUACAUGCAUGCCGGCCACCUGCUGCUCAACCCCAACAAGUACCACAAGAAGAAACACAGACUCCUGCGGCCGGAGGCCUUCCUGGCGGGCAGCCGGACCUCGCUGCUGUCCAUGGGCACCUACGCCAGCAUCCCGGCCGAGAUGGCCUACAGCUGGAUGCACGAGCACAAGCACAAGCACCGGCACAAGCACCGGGAGCACCGCUCGUCCGAGCAGGGCCCGCCGGGCUCGGCGGACGGCCUGGCGGUCGGCCCCUCGCUGCUGCGGCGCUACGCCUACGGGAAGGCGUCCGACGUGUCCGAGCGGCACAAACACAAGGACAAGCACCGCUGCCACAUGCCGUUCGCCCACCUGGCCUCGUCCAAGGGGCUGCUGGGCCGGGGGGACCAGUGGGCUCGGCGGGACUCCACCGAGCACGGCUCCAUCUCGGUGGGGCUGCAGACCCCGCUCCAGAUAGACUGCGCCGAGGGCUCAGCCGCCUCCUGCGUGGCCCGCUACCUGGCCGGCUCCGAGCCCAGCGUCGGCGACGAGCACACCAAUCUGUUUACAAGUGCAAUAGGAAGCUACAAGCCCAGCAAACCUUCCAGCGGAGCGGGCCGCAAGAAGAUGCCCGACGGCCCUGACCUUCUCGCCGCGCAGGAUAGUUUGCCCAGCAGGUUACUGAGGUGGGAGCGGCCCUCUCCCGGAGAAAGGACAGCCCUGACUGCAGCAGGCACGGGCUCGUCAUCGCGAGGUACGAAACUAGGAAGUCCAGUGGAGGAAGCUAUAGAGAACGUCAUCCAGCGGGUAACGCAAGAUGGCUCCCAGCGAAUGGCCAUAGAGAAGACCAUCGAAGAGGUCAUCGCCAGCGUGACGGUCACUCGCCCCGACAGCCCCCCCGCCCCCAGCUCGGGGAAAGGCUACAGCCCGAGCUGGCGGCUGGAAACGGCCCCCGCCCAGACCAGCGACUUCCCCCACGGCGGCGAGCCGAACGGGACGACGGCCAGCCAGCGGCUGCAGAAGGAGCGGGUGGAAGCCAUGCAGCGGCAGGCCAGGAGGAUGUGCAAUUUCGACAAGGUCCUGGCCACCAAGAAGAACCUGGACCACGUCAACAAGAUCCUGAAAGCCAAAAAGCUGCAGAGGCAGUCUCGGACAGGCAACAACAUGGUCAAGUGCAAGCGGGGGAGGCCGCGGAAGGUGGAGGAGCCCGGCCCGUGCCAGCCGCCGCCGUCCGCCGCCUCCGCCGCCCCAAUGCCCACCCCCCCGCGCCGGCGCAGGCCGAGCGGUUCGCGCGCGGAGGCGAGCGAGGGCGGGGAGACGCCCGCCCAGACCGACACCAUCAUGGACGUUAUCGAGGCCGUGCUGCAGAGCGUCAACCGGCAGCAGUCGGAGCACAGGAAGGGGGUGAAGCGGAAACGACACUGUGGAGACGGCUCGCCCGAGUUGUGCCCCGAGGCAGCCGCCCCGCCAGAGACCCCGGAGAAGACGGCGGCGCCAGAAAGCUCGCCGCCCCCGCCCCCGCCGCCUCAACCGCCCGCCCAGAGGGAGAAGAAGGCGCCUCGCCCCCCAAAGAAGAAAUAUCAGAAGGCAGGACUCUACUCGGACGUCUACAAGGUUCCCGAUCCCAAGAGCCGCCUGAUCCUGGUGAAGAGGGAGAAGCUGGAGUACAUUCCCGGAGAGCAUGAGUACGGGCUCUUCCCAGCCCCCAUCCACGUCGGCAAGUACUUGAGGCAGAAGCGGAUAGACUUCCAGUUGCCGUACGACAUUCUGUGGCAGUGGAAACACAAUCAGCUCUACAAGAAACCUGACGUCCCACUCUAUAAGAAAAUACGAUCAAACGUGUUUGUCGAUGUUAAGCCUCUCUCCGGCUGCGAGCCCACCACCUGCAACUGCAAGAGGCCAAACAACCCAGCCGACAGGAGCUGCAUGGAGGACUGUCUCAACAGGAUGAUCUUUGCGGAGUGCGGAGCCAGCACGUGCCCGUGCGACGAGUACUGCUGCAACCAGCGCAUCCAGCGGCACGAGUGGGUGCAGUGCCUGGAGCGUUUCCGAGCCGAGGGCAAAGGCUGGGGCAUCCGCACCAAGGAGACGCUGAAGGCCGGCCAGUUCAUCAUCGAGUACCUGGGCGAGGUGGUCAGCGAGCAAGAGUUCCGGAACCGGAUGAUUGAGCAGUACCAGAACCACAACGACCAUUACUGCUUGAACCUGGACAGCGGGAUGGUGAUCGACAGCUACCGCAUGGGCAACGAGGCCCGCUUCAUCAACCAUAGCUGCAGCCCCAACUGUGAGAUGCAGAAGUGGUCGGUCAACGGCGUGUACAGGAUCGGCCUGUUUGCUCUGAAGGACGUGAUCGCCGGGACUGAGCUCACCUACGACUACAACUUCCACGCCUUCAACCUGGAAAAGCAGCAACUGUGCAAGUGCGGGGCGGAGAAGUGCCGCGGCAUCAUCGGCGGGCGCAGCCAGAGGGUGAACGGGCUGCUGAACAAGAACGGCCAGCAGCUCAACGGGCAGAAGAAACCCGGGCGCUUGAAGGAGAAGAGGAAGUCCAAGCACCGGUUAAAGAAGAGG